AUGGGCACCGCCUUCGACCAAUGGCUGGCGCAACCUUCGACCUUACACUUCUUGCGACAGCUCAUAGCUCCCUACGCUGUGUGUAGACGGCAACAAUCAUGGGUUGCUCAACACGCAGGACGUGCAAGACCUGUGCGAGCGUAUGCAGCGCCUGCGAAAGCUGCAGCCUGGAAAGGGAAAGCAUCAAUCGACCGAUCCAAGAAGAAGAGGUCCAUACCUCCGUUGAGCCUGCAUUCACCCGGAAAGAAGACAGUCAAAUUGUCCCAGAGCCAAACAACGGCGGAAGACAUCAGCUUCCACGUGUCUCUCAAGGCUGGGGUAGCUGUCCUGGACAGGUCCGCGCGAGAGACUACGCCUAUCGCUUUGAUGUACCAGGCUGAUGUCACCAAUACUACAGGCCGAAAUCAAUUAUUAGUGGAUCAGCCGCAACAAAGACACAACCAUGCUUUAUGGGUUGAGAUCCUUCAUUACCGGAAGCGGAUGCAUGGGUCUUCGGGAGUGCGCGACGUCUGGUUGGGGAUGCGCCAACGCGAUGUGGACUUGCCUUUGUCUGGUGCCGAUGCGGAUGCGUUGUGGACUGAGUUCGCCAAUGCUGGAGCGCGACAGAAGGCUUCGGACUCGAGCAGACUUUCGCUCUUGUCUGACUUGUUCCAACAUGCUCAGGACCUCAAGGCACGUACAGGAAGCCACUACGAGGGACUGUACAAACUGUUUAAGCUGAUGGAAGCUGGGCUGUUGGACGAAGGGGCGAUCGCUGAUGUGGCUGUUGACGCAAUCUACUGUCCGGCCAAAACGAUUGCCUUCGAAGAGUUCAGGAAGAUUUACACCUCAUGCCAGGAAAGGGACGUAUACGACUCGUGCAUGAACGAAGUGUUUAAGCUGCGAGAUGAUAGCUACGCCAAGCAGUGGCAUAACCUUUUUUUGGAGCAUGGAGACAAGCCAGGUCCAGUUGUGAGUGAAAGCGAGGAGGUACAGAGGAUGUUUGACUACCAUGAAGAUGGCUCCCUUCCAUCUGCUCCACUCGAAGGCCGAGAGCGAUUGCUGUACGUUCCGGCUACAAAGGCGAAUCAGGACCUAGAAGUGCCUUCAAUGACUCGAGCCAACAUGAACACCAUCAUUGGAGAAGUGCACGGUAUCAAGCCGAAGAACAUCAGCGACUCUUUCGUUGCAAGACUGUUCGCGACCCAUGCUUUCUCCUUGGACCUCAUAACCCAAAGUCUAUUCUUCUUCGGAAUCCAGACUCUAGGCCCGCUGUCCACCAGAGAGAUGGUUGUGCGAUCGGGCUCUGCUGUGGAGUUUUCCAAUCAGCUGGUCCAGUUGAAGAAGCUUGGAAUCACCGUACAAGAUUCGGCCUAUUCAAGGCUUGUCGCGACAUUAGCGAACGAAGGCAAGACCGUGCUGUGGACAGCUCUGGUCGAGAGCGACCAGCACCCCGAUGCGUAUGAAGAUACGAAGCUGCAAGAAACACUUCUGGCAUCGUUUCUUGAAAGCGGACAAUGGGUUCAAGUACACCUUACAUUGACCGUGCUCUCUGCGACGGGUAGCAAUACCCGACACAGAGGCUGGAACCUCGUCCUCCAGCAUUACAUCAAAAUUGGAGAUGCACGCUCCAUGCUCGAUACGAUGCAGAAGAUGCGCGACCAAGGCCUGCCACUUACUCUGCGGACGCUCAACUUCCUCUACACCAUCGUGCUUCCGCCCCGGCGCGCUGGCAAAUCCUACACGAAAGGGAGGGCCCCACCUUUGUACGAUGCUCUGAUCUUCUGCACCAACGCUUUCAUCUAUGCCGCCGAGCAUGGGACGUACGUGCCUCGCAACAUGUGGAUGGAAGUGCUCAAGCGUCACGGGUUAGAGGACAGAUGGGCGGGGCUAAGGCGGCUGAUCUUAUGGCUGGUGAACUGGUACACACAAAGCAAUUCCGACUUUCGCAAAGUCCUGUACGCCCCUGGCUUGCAGAACAAGAGACGACUCUUGCUUGGCGCCAGAGACAUCCGCCGGAUGUUCACUCCAGACCUCGUUACAGCCAUCUUUACGCAUUGA